AAAAGUCCAAAACCGACCCAAGCACCAAACGACGAAUCUCUAGGUCCCAGGGUUACGUUACAGUAAAACGACGCAGUAUCUGUGCUUUGUUGCUUCUUCUUGUUUGUUACUUUGCUUUCGCCAUAAGCAGAGAUCACACGGAGCUAGAAAUCAAAAGCAGAAUAAGGAUUCGAAGAAAUUUUUUUGUGGGUUUCUAUUAGUUCACGAAUGGGUGAAACAAAGUCUGGUUUUUUUUUUCAUUUUUGUUUUUUUUAAUAUAAGAGGGUUUUUAUGGAGACCCUUUUCUGAAGAGGAAACGCAAAGGUAAAGAGAGGGAAGGAGAGAUGCAGACAGAGGCAAGAGUUGGAGUGGUGGUAGAGGGAGGGACGAGGGCUUUCAAUUCGCAGAAGAAACAGCAAAAGCCAGUGCAACAGCAGCAAUCCCAGAUCGGAACAGUUUCGCAGCUUAUGGCCGGUGGCAUGGCGGGUGCUCUUAGCAAGACUUGCACUGCACCCCUUGCUCGCCUCACUAUACUCUUUCAGGUGCAAGGUAUGCACUCUGAUGUUGCAACAUUGAGAAAGGCUAGCAUAUGGCAUGAGGCAUCUCGAAUAUUUAGGGAGGAAGGAUUUAGAGCUUUCUGGAAGGGGAAUCUUGUCACAAUUGCUCAUCGGUUGCCUUACUCAUCUGUCAAUUUUUAUUCAUACGAACACUAUAAAAAGUUGCUACAUAUGAUACCUGGACUAGAAAGCCACAGGAAAAAUGUGGGUGGAGAUGUCUUUGUUCCUUUUGUAGGCGGUGGUAUGGCUGGAAUAACAGCAGCAUCUGUUACAUAUCCAUUGGAUCUUGUAAGAACACGCCUUGCAGCUCAGACAAAUAUUAUCUAUUACAGAGGUAUAUUGUAUGCAUUACGAACAAUUAUCAGAGAGGAGGGUGUUUUGGGACUCUACAAGGGACUGGGAACAACACUUUUGGGUGUUGGGCCCAGUAUAGCUAUCAGCUUUUCAGUGUAUGAGACGUUACGAUCUUUUUGGCAAUCACACAGGCCCCAUGAUCCUACUGUCGCAGUGAGUUUGGCUUGUGGCAGUCUAUCGGGAAUUGCAUCCUCAACAGCAACAUUUCCUCUUGAUCUUGUGAGACGACGGAAGCAAUUGGAAGGGGCAGGUGGCCGGGCCCGUGUUUACACAACAGGUCUUUUUGGUACAUUCAAGCAUAUAAUCCAGACCGAAGGCUUUUGGGGUCUAUAUAGAGGCAUUAUGCCUGAAUACUACAAAGUCAUACCUGGUGUUGGCAUUUGUUUUAUGACCUAUGAGACUUUGAAAUUGCUGUUAGCAGAUGUUACUGCCAAAUUAUAGUUGCUGUGAGCAUUUUUCGGAGGCUGAUGCACAAACGAAACAAUCAAUGCACUGUUAUGCAACAGCAUUUUCGGUUGUGCUCCAUUGGUUUUCUCAUGGUGCAUAAUUUUGUUAUGCUACUGUGAGAAUUAUAUUUUUAAGUGUAGAUAGGUCAAAGCUCAAUCAUAUUUCAAGUGUAUUCUUAACAGUUUGUCCUAACAAUUCACAGAAAUUAAUACCAUUGGUGAUACUUUUUCAGUAGUCCAGUUUCUUAUCACCCUCAUCUAGAACUGGGACAUCCAACUGACACUGGAUUGUCGACAUUUGUAGUUUCAUCACCAUCAGCUUGUGAAACUAUGUGACAAUACAAUUCAGAAUCAAUCUGCUGAUGCAGCUUAUGCCUCUUAUCUACAAACUUUGUUUUGUCGUCCAAAAAAUACCUUCAAGUCCCUAAAAGCCAAUUUCUUUUUUUAUGCAUUUCCAUUGUAUUUGUUCAAGCAUUUGUAAUUGUAAGGAGAAUUUUUAUUCUUGAUCUUAUAAAAGUGCAAUACUGUUAAUAGCC